ACAAACACAGCAAGAUGAAAUUCAAAGCUGCCAUGGAUGAUGCAGAAUAUAUGCGCGAAUUUCUCAAUAUUGUUAUCACACUAUCCAAACUGACCAAGGAAUGUGUCAUCAACAUUGAAACUGACAAAGUUCAUUUUAUCGCCAAUGAAGAGUCGGGCACCACAGCACCCCUGGUAUGGGUAGACAUUGAUGCCAAGUUAUAUUUUUCCGAAUAUCAUGUUGAAUUGGCCGACCAGAAUCAUCCCAAAAUUAUGCUUUCAACCUCUCCGAUCGAUUUGAGUCGGGCCCUAUCGUCAUUGCGUUCAAAUGCCCGGCGCUGCAAAUUGAAAUUGCAUAAUAUACAAUUCCCCUGUCUCAGAAUUGAAGUGGAUGUUUUAACCCAAAGCUCAAAUCAAUUACGUCAAACCUUUCAUGAUGUACCGGUGACUGUUAUACCACGCAGUGAAUGGGACUUCUACGAAUUGCCACAGAAGCCAAAUUCAAAGUUGUCUCUCAGUGUACCCUCAAAUCGUUUGAUGCGUGGCCUCAUCGAUAAGAUCAAGAAUUUAUCGCCUACGGUAAUAUUUUAUGCCACUUCGGCGGGAGAAAUGAAUAUUGUGGCGGAAACUGAAAUGGCCACCAUUACAACAACAUAUAAGAAUUUGGAUAUUAAGGAAAUAAAUCCGUCGGAAGCUGAAAAAAAUAAGGAUCAAAUAGAAGCUUCAUGUUCGGUGGAUUGUAAAAAGACUUCAAUAUUUUUCUCAGCUCUGCAGGUUCCGACAGGAGAACUAUCCUGUGGCAUUGAUGAUGAUCGUCUUAUACACAUGGAGGUUAAUAUACGAAAUGGUAUUGCCAUUCAUUCUAUAUUACCAGCUGUGUGUAUGUGAGAA